CACGCAGGUAGUCUUAAAACUUGCGUUUCCCGAAGCUUAGCCUGUACAAUGUUGUAAAUUCUCUAACCUGUGUCUCGAUCGUCGGGUGCGCUUCUAUAUGUAGUCUCGCGGACCCCACAAUCCUGGUUGAAAUGCACACGGCGGAUACAGCUGGACUGUGAAGCAGCCUGCAAUGACUGAUCUGAACAUCCCAGCCAUUGCAGGUGCUGCAUUUUUCGGCUUCCUUGCUCUUGCAGCGCUGCUUUUUUUGUUCGCGCCCGUCACAAGAUUUCUCGGCGAUUUGUUCUGUUGUCCUUGGAGGGUCCCAUUCACACGCAAGAGACGACGCAACGGUGACGAGGAGAUGGACAAGGAAGAUUUAACAUACUUGUCAGGGCGCCGCCUGGAAUCCCCAAUAAGAGACAGCACUUCGAACAAGUCGAUGCCAGCUGGUUACGUGAUGGGACACGGCACAUGCCAGCAUGAGACGGCCAGAGAAAUCUUUUGGGAUGGUACACGACACACCGAAGGUGAUCAGGAAACAGAUCUUGGCUACGACGGCGGAACGUAUAGGGGAGAAUACUAUGGGGAAUCAUAUUGGAGAUCAUACAGUGAUUCCCAAAGCCCUUUCCCGCGGUCACGCGGUGAGGAAUGGUGGCGAUCACGCACAGACGAGUACCCUGAGUUCACGGAACGAGACACGCACAAGUAUCAUGCGGGCUAUCACUUCUCGGAGGAGGAAAACUACGGCUACGACAAAGAGACAUUUUCAGGCCCGGAAAUUCAACGACCACAGCCAUCCUACUCUCCUUCGGAGGUGGUAUCUGACCGAUAUAACGCCAACUACUUUCCGUGGGCACAAAAUGAGUACUUUAGCCAAUAUAGAUGA